AUGAAGGCUUAUGCAAUGGAACGAGAUUGUGUCAGAGCAAACGAAAUUAUCUUUUUAAAUCGUAUAACCUUAUAUUCUGAAAAUGAUUAUCCAUUCACAUUCAAGAAAAGACAAUUUCCAAUCAAACUAGCUUUUGCAAUGACCAUUAACAAAGCUCAAGGACAAACUUUUACAAAUACUGGUAUUGAUCUAAGAAAAGAUGUAUUUAAUCAUGGACAACUUUACGUAGUAAUGUCCAGAAUUAGAUCUUGGAAUUCUGUCAAAGUAUAUUUAGGAAACCAAGUAGAAACAAGAAAAGUAAAAAAUUUUGUUUACAAAGAAUUGUACGUAUAA